AAAAAGUGUGCCAGGCGGACCAGCGCCGAGUUGUACGAACUGCGCGGUAUCGAGCCCUGCGCCGUCUACGUGGUCACGGUGGUCUCCCUCUCGCCCUCGGGACUACCCAGCGACCCUCUGGAGUUUUACAUCAACAGUGACGAAGCAGACCCCGAGGCGCCCAGGAACGUGGAGGUGGAGCAGGUCACAGAAACCACCGUCAGCCUCACUUGGGACGACCCGCUCCACCGUGUUCUGUGCAUCGACAGGUACAUGAUUUCGUACGGCGAGGUCGAGUUGAUGAGGACGCAGGGGGAUCGAGGGGCCCACGUCACCCUCAGGCAGAACCAGGCCACUGUCUCGGAGCUUCUGCCGUGCACCAACUACACCUUCGUGGUAGCCGCCGUUUCUUUUACGGGAAAAGUCGGACCCGGUGCCCAGAGGAGCGCUGCGACACUAGAGAUGGAAGAUCCCAGCCCCGUGGAAGCGCUACUUGUCGAGCCCAACACCACCACUUCCCUGAAAGUCUCGUGGUCCACGGAUAGAGUCUGUGUCGACCACUUCUCCGUUUGCUACUACGAACACUCUGUACCGGAGAUAAAGUGUCAUGACGAAUACAACACUGAUACCAUCCUAGAGGACUUGUUCCUGUGCACUGAUUACAGCGUCAUCGUCACCGCCAUCACGCCUUCAGGAAGGGAAAGCGAGGAAACCUACAGCGGGGCCACGACUCUCGAAGUCACCCCUGGAGAGCCCCGGAACUUGAAGGUGCUGGAGAGGACGUCUCACACACUGCAGUUAAGCUUUCGACCCGCCGACCACUGGCAUCCAGUGCGUCAAUGAAUAUGACAUCCAGG